GCCUGUCACUGUCAAUGUCAAAUAUAUACAAACAUUGCACGACUUACGUUUUUACUAAUAAAAUUGUUUGCUAUGUUUCGUCGUCUUUAAAAUAAUUAAGACGCUCUAAAUUUGUGAACAAAUCAUAGUAAAUACACAAUCAUGUUGAGAAGUUUAAUUCGUAUUAAUAGAGUUGGUAGUCAAUGCACAAGAUUUUGCGCAGCGACUUCGCUAAGUCUAAAUGGCAUCAAGCACUUUAGCGGAAUAUCCCAAGGGAUCCAAAGAAAUGUCAACAAAAAGGUUCCUUUACUCAACAACUGCGUCUGCCGGACCAUGUUCAUUCAGACACAGGAUACUCCCAAUCCAAAUAGUUUGAAAUUCUUACCUGGUGUCAAAGUGCUGGAAUCUGGACAAACUAUGGAUUUUCCUAACAUCGGAGAUGCUCAAUGUAGUCCUUUAGCAAAAAUGAUAUUCCGCAUUGAUGGAGUGAAGUCAGUGUUUUUCGGUCCUGAAUUCAUUACUGUAACGAAAAAAGAUGAUGAUGUUGAUUGGAGGAUUCUGAAGCCAGACAUUUUUGCAACCAUUAUGGACUUCUUUGCCAGCGGUUUACCUGUAAUUAUUGAUGCUAAACCUUCAGGAGAUACACAAAUAAAUGAAGAUGACGAUGAGAUAGUUCAAAUGAUAAAGGAGCUUCUAGACACUCGUAUCAGGCCUACAGUACAGGAGGAUGGUGGUGAUGUUCUAUUUGUGGACUUUAAAGAUGGUAUAGUAAGGCUCAAAAUGCAAGGGUCCUGUUCUUCAUGUCCCAGUUCGAUCGUCACUCUGAAGAAUGGAGUACAAAACAUGAUGCAAUUCUACAUCCCAGAAGUGGUAGCUGUUGAACAAAUUGACGAUGAAGGCGACAAGCUUAGUGAAAAAGUGUUCAAAGAAUUUGAACAACUAAAAAACAAAGAGAAGGCGGACCCUUGAAUGAAUCUACAUAUUGAUAGCUAUAUAUAUUUAUAAGUAGAAAUAUAUUAUGUAUAUACAGUCCUAUUUUAUGUUGAAGAUAGAAUAAUAAAUUGUAUGUUGAACAUUAUA